AUGAAAAUUUAUUAUAUAUUUUGGGUUUUAUCAAUAAAGUAUAUUUAUAUUUGCAAAUAUAUAAACAAAAAUAAACAAACAAGUUUAAAUAAUAUAAGUAAUAUUCAUGGAAUAAAAUAUAAUUUAAAAGUUGAAAAUAAAAUGAAGAAAAAAAUUUUUCUUAAAAUUAAAAGGGAAAAUAUUAAGAAAAAGAAAAUUUUAAAUACAAAAAUUAAUGGUUUUACAUUUUUAAAUAAUAUGCAAAUUAUUAAAAAAAAAAAAUUUACUAAAAUUAGUGAGAAUAAUUUACUUAAUAACAAUAUAAAGGACGAGAAAAUAUAUGAAUACCAUGAAGAAAAUAAUGAAGAAAAUAAUAAAGAAAAUAAUUACGAAAAAAAUGAAUAUGAAUCAAAAGAAAUACAUUAUAUAAUAAAUAAUUACGAAAAAAAUUGGUAUACUUUAAAUGUUACUAAAAAUGAUUUACAGUUGAUAUACUGUUUCCUAAUAGGGCAAGAGUUUUGUUUUAGUGAAGUUGAAUGUAACAAAUAUAUUGGCUUAAUAAAUAAAAAAAUAUUUUUAUUUAAAGAAACAGAAAACAAUAUUUUUUAUCAAUGUCUAUAUGACAAUAAAAUUACCCUACAUAGCAAAAAAAAUAAUAUUGAAAUAUUAAACUGUGACACUAAUGAAAAUCAAAGCAACUAUGAAAAGGAAUUACAAGACUUUUUUAAUUUGAAAUUUCCUUUGGAUAAAAAUAUGGAAGCAUGGAAGAAAAAAGAUAAAAGAAUGAAUGAAAUUUCUAAUAAAAUAAAGGGACUACGAAUAUUAAAAGUAGACCCAGUUGAGUCUUUUUUCGCUUUUCUUUGUUCAUCUAACAAUAAUAUUCCAAGAAUAACAUUAAUGAUUGAUUGUUUAAAAAGGCGUUAUGGUAAAUUUCUAGCUACAAUUAUUUUUCAAGAUAAUGAUAUAAUUAUAAAAACUAAAAAUGAAAUGGAACGCAUAAAAGAAGAAAGUAACACUAUUUCAAAUAUGAAAAAAAUACAUUAUGAAAAUCUAAAAAUAAAAAAAGAGAAUUAUGAAAAUAUAAAGAAAAAUAUAAAAACAGAGGAUGAUGAAACAAUAAAUAAAAAUAUAAAAAAUAAAAGCUAUCAAAGUAUAAAAGUUAAUGUAAAAACUGAAAAUGAUGAAUAUAUAAAUAAAAAUAUAGAAAAAAAUAGAUUUAAAAGUACACAAAAAAAAACAAAAAUAGAAAGUGAUAAAUAUUUAAAUAAUGAUUUGUAUAGUGGGAAAAAUGAAUUAUUAUGUGAUGAUAAUAAAACAUUUUAUGAAAAUGUAAAAAAAAUGAUAAAAGAAGAAAGAAAAAUGAAAACUUUUGAUUUUUACGAAUUUCCAAAAAUUGAAACUUUGUCUAAAUUAAAGGAAGAAGAUCUAAGGAGUUUAGGGUUCGGCUACAGAAGUAAUUAUAUUAUAGAGAGUGCAAAAAUGUUAACAAAAAUGGGAAAUGAAAAAUGGAUAGAAGACUUAAGAAAAGAAGAAAAAACAAAAGAUUGCAUAGAUAAAUUAGUUAAAUUUCCUGGUAUAGGUUUAAAAGUAGCUAACUGUAUUUGCCUUUUUGGUCUGAAUAGAUUUGAUUGUAUACCCAUAGAUACUCAUAUUUAUGACAUUAUUUACAAAUAUUAUAAUAACUUAAUAGAAAAUGUAGAUAAUAAUGAUUCCAUUAAUAAGAAUAAAUAUAGUAAAAAGAAUUUACAUACAAACAAAAAUACAAGAGAAAACGCAAAUGAUAAACAUAUAAAAAUUCCACAAAUUUUAGAUAAUGUAAAAAUAAAUGAUCAAGCAUAUCGUAUACAGAAUACGAAACAGAAAAAGAAAACUUUAACGAAAUCGUUAUAUAUAAAAUUAUUUACAAAACUCAAAAAUUUAUUUGGCCCUAAUUGUGGGUGGGCACAAACAAUUCUAUUUGUAUCUGAAUUAAAAAAAUUUGGUCAUUUGUUUGAAUAA